AUGCCAGAGGGAAGCCCUGAGUCUUCGAGGGAUAGUCAAAGCCUCAGAAGUAAGGGAAGAGCAGCAGCACACCCUGUGGCUGCUGCUGCUGCGCGCUCUCUCUACGCGGUGCGUGUGACUUCCCGGAGACCUCCUGCGCUUGCUGAUUUGGUAGCUGUCUCGCUUGGCUCUCAGCGCGAGAAGCUCGCAGAAAGGGCAAAAACUGCUUUAGGCGCUGCUGCUUUCACGCGUAGUGUUUCUAUUGGCAUGCAAGAUCAGCGCCGCACAGCAGAGGACGACGCUCAAGCGAGUUCGCAUGAGGGUGCAGCUUUCAUGCCUGUGGAGGAGCAGGUUCAAGGACCAGCCCCUGUAUUUGCGUCGGGGAAUGCGGACUUGGAGCGGCGGCUGUUGCAGACUUUUUCAGCGCUAAGCCUUCCAAGUUUUGCUCCCUCCACCACAGGCCCCCCAGCAGCGGCACCAACCGUUGCCGCUCGCGCCUCUGAAGCCCCAACUUCUGUUGCUGAGGGGCGUGAGGAGCUGCCGCAGGCUAGACAGGAACGUGCAGGAGAACCCGCUGCUGCAUGCUCGUCACCAACACGGCAGCACGUGGAAGAUGAGGGUACACACGGAGAGAGGGCGCAGCCAUCUCCUGGGGCGUGGAGUGAAGCAACAGACAGCACCGGGUGUACAGACACCCCAGACUUGGUGCGGCCGCCGGCUUUCGGCUCGUGGGUACAUUACUCUCUCACAGAUGUGCCUGAGGAGGCGAUGACGGCCAGAGGCAUGCAGAGAGCCUGCAAUUUGCUGCUGCUGCAGCGCAGGCAUGCACCAGAAGCAGCACCAAGCAGGAGCAGCGUCGGAAAUAACAGCAGCGCUGCGAGCAACACCGGCUCAGCUGCAGGACCCCCAUGCGUAAGCACUUCCUUCACCCCCGGGGAAAGCGAAGAAGCAGACGACCCCCGAGUCUGUGUAGGCCCCCGGCGCAGAGGCUAA